AUGGUUUUUAUUCAAUUCCGGCAUCUUCCUUUUUCCAACCUUGAAGGUUCAACUCAACUUCUUCUUCUUCAACAUUAUUUUCAAACCUAUCAAAUCCAAAACCAAACUUCAAAGUUUCAAACUUUUCUCUACCCUCUAUCCAAAAACAUAGUUCAAAUUUCAUCAUUCACUACUCAUAAGAAUGAACCUUCUAAAAGUUGA